UUGUCAAUCCCCAGCGCCGCACCUCCCGGGGUUUGUUGCUGAGGAGGAGCCGGCGCCAUGGCUGUUCUGCUGGAGACCACUUUGGGCGACGUCGUCAUCGACUUGUACACGGAGGAGCGGCCGCGCGCCUGCUUGAAUUUCCUGAAAUUGUGCAAAAUAAAAUAUUACAAUUAUUGCCUUAUUCACAAUGUACAGAGGGAUUUUAUCAUACAAACUGGUGAUCCUACAGGGACUGGCCGAGGAGGAGAGUCUAUUUUUGGUCAACUGUAUGGUGAUCAAGCAAGUUUUUUUGAAGCAGAAAAAGUGCCAAGAAUUAAGCACAAGAAGAAAGGCACUGUGUCCAUGGUGAACAAUGGCAGUGAUCAGCAUGGAUCUCAGUUUCUUAUUACUACAGGAGAAAAUCUAGAUUACCUUGAUGGUGUUCAUACAGUAUUUGGUGAAGUGACAGAAGGCAUGGACAUAGUUAAGAAAAUUAAUGAGACCUUUGUUGACAAGGAUUUUGUACCAUAUCAAGAUAUCAGGAUAAAUCACACAGUGAUUUUAGAUGAUCCGUUUGAUGACCCUCCUGAUUUAAUAAUUCCUGAUCGAUCACCAGAACCCACAAAGGAACAAUUAGAUAGUGGUCGAAUAGGAGCAGAUGAAGAAAUUGAUGAUUUCAAAGGAAGAUCAGCUGAAGAAGUAGAAGAAAUAAAGGCAGAAAAAGAGGCCAAAACUCAAGCUAUUCUUUUAGAGAUGGUGGGAGACCUACCUGAUGCAGAUAUUAAACCUCCAGAAAAUGUACUGUUUGUAUGUAAAUUGAAUCCUGUGACCACAGAUGAGGAUCUGGAAAUAAUAUUCUCAAGAUUUGGGCCAAUAAGAAGUUGUGAAGUUAUUCGGGAUUGGAAGACAGGAGAGUCCCUCUGCUAUGCUUUUAUUGAAUUUGAAAAGGAAGAAGAUUGUGAGAAAGCAUUCUUCAAAAUGGAUAAUGUACUUAUCGAUGACCGAAGAAUACAUGUGGAUUUUAGCCAGUCUGUUGCAAAGGUUAAAUGGAAAGGAAAAGGUGGGAAAUACACCAAAAGUGAUUUCAAGGAGUAUGAAAAGGAACAGGAUAAACCUUCGAAUUUGGUUCUGAAAGAUAAAGUAAAGCCCAAACAGGAUGCAAAAUAUGAUCUUAUACUAGAUGAGCAGGCAGAAGACUCAAAAUCAAGUCACUCACACACAAGUAAAAAACACAAGAAGAAAACGCGGCACUGCUCUGAAGAGAAGGAAGAUGAGGACUACAUGCCGAUCAGAAAUACUAACCAGGAUAUCUACAGGGAAAUGGGGUUUGGUCACUAUGAAGAAGAAGAAAGCUGUUGGGAGAAACAAAAGAGUGAAAAGAGAGACCGACCUCAGAACCGAAGUCGGAGCCGAUCUCGAGAAAGGGAUGGCCACUACAGUAACAGUCACAAACCCAAGUACCAAACAGAUCCUUAUGAAAGAGAAAGGAGUAAAAAGAGGGACCGAAGCAGAAGUCCAAAGAAAUCCAAAGACAAAGAAAAAUCUAAGUACAGAUGAAAGAUGAAGAAUCAGAAAUGAAUGGCUGACACGUUUCUUGACUUAGAAUACCAAGAAAGCAGGUGUUUAGAUGUUGUGUCAAAGCAGUUAAAGACUGUGUGUUUGUUUUCAUUCUAGUAUUAUGGCCCUUUUAGAUUAAUACUGAUGGCAUAGGGCACCAAAAGAUACAGAGGUGAACAUUUUCUAUGCAUCCUUUUUUUUUAACACUUAAUUUUAUUGUUAUACAGAAAUGACAUAAUUCAUUUUCAUCUUUCACAAUUUUACUUUUUUAAAAGUCACAUCUUUCAUAUUAUUAAAAUACAUAAACAUGUAUAUAUAAGGUAUAAGGAAUAAUAAAUAUAAGUAGCUGUAUAUCCCUCAUCCAGCAUAAGAAAUAGAAUGUUGCCUACAUUUAACAUAUAUCCCUCUCAAGUAAUUAUUAUUGAGUUUUGUGUUUGUCUUUCUCUUGUUUCUUGAUGUAGUUUUACAAUAUAUGUAUGUAUCCCUAAAUGAAAUGUUAAUUUUGUAUGUUUUUGAAUUUUAUAUAAAUGGUACAACGUAUGUUUACUUCUAUGACUUUUUUUUUCAGUUUAGCAUUUUUUUAAGAGUACUUCAUUUUUAUUGCUGUGUAGUGUGGUACUGAUAUAUACCAUAACUUAUCCAUUCCUCUGCUGAUGGACAUUUGGGUUUUGUUUGCUUCUUUUUGUUUUUGCUAUUGCAGGCAGUGCUGCUAUGAACAUCCUCUCUGGGAGUGAUAUCGCCAGGUCAUGUGGUUUGAGAAUCUGAUCUUUACAAGAUAAUGCCAAAUUAUAUUUCUAAAGGGAUUGGCCUGGCUACACCCCCAUCAGCAUUGUUUUGCUCUGUUACUUUUGCUUUGUAUCUCCAACAGUUCUUACUUUCAGACUUAAAACCUUACCAGUCUAGUGGAUAUUAAGUGAUACUGUGAUUUCCAUCAGGAAGACUUCUAUUAUUCCUGUCUUUGUUCUUUUAUAUGUAAGUUGUCAGUUUUCCUCCAGGCCGCUGUUCUCUUUAUCACUGCAUGUAUACAAUUUGAUUUUGAUGUGCAUGGUGUAGUUUUGUUCAUAUUUCUUCUGUCACUGUUUACCUGUGGGUUUAUGGUUUUCAUCAAAUUUAGAAAUCGUUUGGCAUUAUUCCUUCAAUUAUGUUUUUCCGUCCCUCCCUCCUUCUUACUCUUCUCCUGGGGCUCCAAUGACAUGUAUUUUAGGACACUUGAAGUUAUCCUGUAGUACACAGAAACUUAGUUUCUUAGUCUUUUUCUAUUUCAUGUGAGGUAGUUUCCAUUGCUGCAUCCAUUCAUUAAUGUUUUCUUCUGAGAAGGAUCUAGUCUUUUCAUCCCAUCCAAAGCAUGUUUACCUUGGACAUUACAUUUUUAAUCUUUAGAAGUUCCAUAUGGGCCUUUUUCUGUCUUGUCUCUUAACAUACUCCUGCUUGCUUCUGUGUUUUUGAGGAAUAAGGAAACAUCUGUAGUUUAUUUUUAAUAGCAGUUUUAAUGUACUUAUUCAUUAAACCAUUCAUUGUUAAUUCUGUCAUCUGUAUCAUUUACGGUCUGUUUUCCUACCUCCAUUCCCUACCCCUAUCCUAAUAUUGGGUUAUAAUUUUCUCAUUCUGGAAUUAUUUGAUGGAAUCUUCAUGGUACCCUCUAAUCUCUAUUUUCUGUAAAUGAGAAGUUAGGUGUAGAUGUUUGAUUAGAGAGUUAGGGUAUACAUUCUAGGCAGAACAUUUAGAAUCUAGUGGCAAAUGCAUUAGCCUUUCCCUCUGUGUCUUGUGCUUUUGUAUUCUGUUGAAGAAUCUCACAGAGCUGGUGGGAUAGCUCAGUGGUAGAGUGUUUGCCCAGCAUACAACAGGCCUUGGGUUUAGUCCUCAGUGCCACAAAAAAAAAAAAGAAUUACCUAUUCUGAGGUAAUAAAAGUAGAUUAUA